UGAUUGAAUACCCUCGGGAAUGAUGGUCGAGAUGGAAGCUGCAGUGGUGGCGGCUCAAUUGCGCGCUGCUGUGCGUGACCUGCGCGUCCGUGGGCUGAAACAGGCCACGCAGUUUGCAGCAGAGCUUCUACUCGGUAUGGGCGAGGCAGCAUACGCUCAGUCUUCGUACAUAGCGAGGAAAAGCGAGGAGGAAGGCAGCGAUGUCGAGGAUUGGGCGGAGAUUGACCGCUUCGAGGCUGCCAAAGCCUGUUUCGACGUGGGCGAGUACCUCCGUGCUCACCACAUGCUGUCGCACAGCGAUAGAAGCGACGUUGAUGCUCUUCACUGCCCCACGCAGAAGACACGCUUCCUUAAAAACUACGCGCUGUAUCUUGCCGGAGAGAAGGCAAAGGAGGAGAUGGAUCUCGAGAUGAACGUAACAGGCAGCAGCAAAGAGAUGGAUCGCAAUUUACACCGCCAAGGCUCCAAUCCUCAUCUCAAGGAGCUGUACUUGGCACUCAGCGCAGCAUACCAACAGAACUCACUGGACGGAUUCGGUCUUUACUUAUAUGCUGUCGUUCUUAAGCGUCUAGGCUACAGCACCAGUACGGGCAGUACACAAGCGCAAUCCUCGACUCCGGUCAGUAUGAAGACCCGUCAUCGUGCAGAUUUCGCAGAAGAACAGAAGCGUCAGCAAGUCGACGACUCUAAUGCUGGCAAACUGGCAAGCAAAAACGGGCCUGCCACGUUGACAUUCGACGUUACCACACGCUUCAUCCUGAUCGAGUCCAUCCGACGCUAUCCAUGGAACUGGUCGGCCUGGAUGGAGCUUGCCGCGCACUCUCCUUUCCUGUCCAGCGAAGAAGAGGUUAUCCUCGCGACGAGCUGUUCUUGGAUGUUCCAGCUCUUCCAAGCUCAUAUCCUACUCGACCAGCAACAGAAUGACGCUGCACGCGAGUUGCUGACGAGCUUAGAAGACCAGUUCCCACAAAGCACGUAUCUUUUGGCGCAGCAAGCCUUAACCAGCUACCACAUUCGAGACUUUGACCAAUCACAAGAACAAUUCGAGCGCCUAGCAGCACAAGACCCGCAUCGCAUGGAAAGCAUGGACGUGUACUCGAACGUGUUGUACGUGAAAGAAGACAAGACAGAGCUCAGUCGACUGGCACAUCGAGCUCUUAAAGUGGAGAAAUACCGACCGGAGACGUGCUGUAUCAUCGGGAACUACUACUCCAUCAAGAACAAACAUGACCGCGCCAUUAUUUACUUCCAUCGAGCGUUGAAACUGGACCCGAACUUCCUCUCCGCAUGGACGCUCAUUGGCCACGAGUAUAUCGAGAUGAAGAACACCAGUGCAGCUGUUGAAGCCUAUCGUCACGCAGUUGAUCUCAACGCACGGGAUUAUCGAGCGUGGUAUGGACUUGGCCAGGCUUACGAGAUCCUCAACAUGUUCCUGUACAGCAUCUACUAUUACCGUAAAGCAGUGGCGAUCCGUCCGUAUGACGCGCGCAUGUGGUGCGCUUUGGGUGGCUGCUACGAGAAGCUCAAUAAGGAGGACGAAGCACUUGCGUGCUUCCAUCGUGCUGUCAAUAACCAAGAUCGUGAAGGGAUCGCUUCAUAUCAUCUGGGUCGACUGUAUGCUGCACGUGGACGACAGCACGAGGCUGCCAAGUAUUACCUCCUGCAUCUCGGUCUUCGUAGCGCUCCAGAGUCCACAGACGUCCUCGUGCUCCCCGGUGGCAGUGGCGGGAGCAUCCGUGUUGAUACUCCUCAGGCCCUGGCUGCGAUUCUCUUUCUUGCCAGCUACUAUAAGCAGCUGGGGCGGUUCGCUGAAGCGACCAUCUUCUGCAACCGACUGCUGGACAUGCAGGGGCCAGAGAAAGAAGAAGCCAAAGCACUUUUGCGUGAGAUGCACAGUCUCGAGGCCUCGGGCAUGCAGUUUUCUUGAUAUCAUGCGAUCAGCUUGUCACUG